UAAAGUCGUUUUCAAAGAUAACAACGGUGAAGGCAGCAGCAACAGUGAUUUUCAUCAUCAUCAUCAUCAUCAACAAUACCAUCACCAUCAUCAUCACUAUUAUAAGAAUGUCAAAGUCGAUGACGACGGCAAGUGUGACAUGGAUUUGUAAUAUGACGAGCAAAUAAAAAAAAUAUAUGUAACGAGUUUAAAGAUUGCCAGUCGGUAGUCAAAAGAAUGGCUGGUACCAUCUCACAUGUUUUCUACCCUUUACAACCUCCAGCAUCACCAUAACUACCAGCAUCAAUUAGAACAGCAGUCGAACAUUCGUACAUAAACGACACCAUUUUGUGUCUGCUUACUAGGGUUAAACAUGAAAUGUGGUUCCCAGAGACAAGGCCAGCUUUUUGCAAUGGGAUAGCAGAGACAGCUGUAUCAAGUUGGAAACCAAACAGGCAGAACAACAGCAGUAGCAGCAGUACAAUCAAGGAGGUUUUCAAAUAAUGCCUUUGGAGAAAGAAUUUCUAUUCUGAACUGUCAUAAAAAAGAGUUAUAGGUUCAGUUUAAUCUUGGAUCAAUUUGAGAUGAUUAAUAAAAUGACUGAUAUAUUUCUUACAUAGACACUAGAAACAUCCUGUGGAUAUGGAUGGAUCCGUUAGUGACAGAACCAGUCAUGGAAGUCUUCAUAGUAAACAAUAUUCACCUAGACAUAGCAUUGCAACUCACAGAAUAAACCAGCGCAAUCAAACACCAAUUUACUGUGACAUUUAUGGGAGAGAUCUCUCUCAACGAUUAGAUACACCAAGACUAACCUAUAUAACAGAAAACCCUAUCCACUGUGAUAUGUUUGGUAAGGAAUUCCCUCAGAAGCAUUGCUUGGAAACACCUAGAAUGGCAUACAUAACUGAUUCAGUGUUUCACUCAGAUCUUUUUCCCAAGGAUUUUCUACCACGACACACCUUACCUCCACAGAGAAUAUCCCAUAUUGCUGAAAAACAGAUCCACAGCAAUGAUACAUCUGUUUCUGGCAAACAUUUUUCACAGAGGCCAAGCAUGCAACAAGGGCAGCAUGUUCAAAGUGAUGGUGGUAGCAAACAGUAUGUUCAGAACCUUGUGGCCCAUCCAUCACACAGAAUGUCACAUAGUAUUUCUGAGAAACAUUUUUCUCAGAACUCUCAAAGUAAUUUGCCAGAUAAACAAAUCCAUAACAGUACUAGCAGUCAGCACUUCCAUAAUGAAGAAAAUAGAGGAAUGUCAAGAUCUAGUCAUGGAAUUGGUAAACACAUGCAGCACAAUUCAAAUAGUAGUAAUGCAGCUAACACUGAUGGAAACCACAAAAGCAACAGUAGAAACAGUUCUCAUGAACAACCAAGCUCUUGUUCAUCUCCAUCAAAUAAUAUUGCUGAAAAAUCUAUGCAUAAUAACGUCCCGGGCAAACACUUUCCAUUGGAUUCAGGUCUUCAAACACCUCGACUAACUCCGGUCAAUGAAACAGUUUUACUUAAUGAUAUGUAUGGCAGUCCAUCUAGUCAACCAUGUUAUGUGCCCCCACCACAACCACCAGCACAAUCAUCAUCUAUAUCAGAAGAUAUUAUGACAAAUAAUUCAUCUACAAAACAAACCAGCCCUCACUGUCACCAAAAACCUCAACAGACUACUUCAGAAGCCAACAUAUCAUUGGCAAUGUCUUCAUCAUCAAAGUCAUUCUAUUCGGACGCCACUAUUGAUCAAAAGCAUCAACAUGAAGCAAAUAAUAUUAACAUGAAUACAAAACCUAGGCAACUAUUCUGUGGUUACUGUGGAAAGGAGUUUGUUCAGGAAUAUUUAAUGCAGAUUCAUCGAAGAAUUCAUACUGGAGAGAAACCAUUUCAGUGUGAUAUUUGUUCUAAAAGCUUUGGCCGUAGGGAUACCUUGCGAAUCCAUAAGCGUACUCACACCGGGGAGAAACAAUUUCACUGUGAUAUAUGCUUAAAAAAAUUUGCUCAGAAAGACUAUCUACAGAUACACAAAAGGUUACAUACUGGAGAAAGACCAUACCAUUGUGAAAUAUGUCAAAAACAGUUCUCUAGAAAAGAUACAUUGAAAAUUCAUCAGAAAACCCAUUUUAAACAGCAUGACGAUGUUAAAGGUCAACAAAAGCCUAAAUUUCAACAACAACAAACAAUAUACUACCAACAACAGGACAACAAAGUGCCCUAUCAAUCACGCUGUCAAAUGGAAUCAUCACAACAGCAUAAACCAAAAUAUCAAUGUGAUAUAUGCCUUCAGUCAUUUGCUCAAAAAGAUUACCUGAAAAUUCACAAGCGUAGUCAUACUGGGGAAAAGCCCUAUCAGUGUGAUUUUUGUAUUCAGAAAUUUGCUCGGCGAGAUACACUUCAGAUUCAUCGAAGGACACAUACUGGUGAAACCUCUUUCAGAUGUGAUGUGUGUGGAAUGCAGUUUGCUAAGCGGCAGAAACUUGAAAGUCAUAAACAAACACAUAGUAAUAAUCCACACAGUUCUAGAAAACAGAAACAUAGCUGUGAUAUUUGCUGGAAGAAAUUUGCACAACGGGACUAUUUGCAGAUACACAGACGUGUCCAUACUGGUGAGAGACCAUUUGUAUGCGAGUUUUGUUCAAAACCAUUUGCAAGAAAGAGUACAUUACAAAUCCACCGCAAGAUACAUACAGGUGAAAAAAAAUUCCAUUGUGAUGUGUGUCUUCAGCAAUUUUCUCAAAAGGAUAAGCUUCAAAUACAUUACAGAACACAUACAGGUGAGAAACCUUUUCAGUGUGACUUCUGCAUUCAGAAAUUUUCUCGCCGUGAGACACUUCAAAUACACCGACGUACUCAGCAUACCUUUGAAAAGCCAUAUAACUGUUCUCUCUGUGGGAUGAGCUUCAUAAAACGAGAUAAGCUUCUUUCUCAUCAAAGGUGUCAUCAUCCUCAAACUAAAGUAAAAAUCAAGAGAUUUGUUUGUGACAUUUGUUCAAAAAGCUUUGCUCGUAGAGAUACUCUCAAAAUUCAUAGAGCACGUCAUUCAGGUGAGAAACCAUACCAGUGUGAGGUGUGUCUCAAGCAGUUUGCACAAAAGGACUAUCUAGUCAUACAUAAACGUAUACAUACUGGAGAAAAACCAUUCCACUGUGAUCUUUGUCCAAAACAGUUUUCUCGGAAAGACACUUUAGUAAUACAUAGACGUUCACACACUGGAAAUAAGCCAUUCAAAUGUGAAAUUUGUUCUGCCCAAUUUUCACAGAAAGCUGCAAUGCAGAUACAUAGGCAAACACAUGUUGGUUUUAAGCCUUUCUCUCAUAACCAAAGUCCAAAACAUUUCCCACAACAAAAUACUUUGCAAGUUCAUCAACAGAAUCAGUCUUUGAUAUGCCCUUAUCAAUGUAACAUUUGCUUCAAGCAGUUCAUGCAAAAGGACUACUUGGUUGUACAUCAACGUAUUCACACAGGUGAACGUCCAUUUGAAUGUGAAUUUUGUGGGCAGAGAUUUGCACGUAAAAAUACACUAGCUGUACACAGGAGGUCACAUACUGGAGAGAAACCUUACCACUGUGAGAUUUGUCUGAAACAGUUUUCCCAGAGAGACUAUUUGCGCAUUCAUGCAAGAAUUCAUACUGGGGAAAAACCAUAUCACUGCGAGAUUUGCCCUAAGCAAUUUUCCCGUAGAGAUGCUUUGCAAAGACAUAAACGCACUCAUAAUAUAAAAGUACCAUCUUUACCAUCACAACCUAUCCAAAUUAUUCAUUCUAAUUCUGAACAUAUUUCCUCUCACAUUUGUUCCAGUAAUAAUUCUAAUAACAACAGCAACAACAUCAGCAGCAGCUGUAAUGAAAACUGUGGUGGUAAUGUUCAGACAUUGCAGAAAAGUAAUGAAACUUCAACAGAAGCAGUAAACCCAGGAUCAUUAGUUAAUCGAUCACAAGACAAUAAAAGUAAUAUUGCUCCAGUAACAGCAUCCACAAGUGACGAAUAUCCUCCUGUCAGUAAAUAUAUGUGUUUGUAAAGUGCCACGGAUGGGCAUAUAAACUGAGGACCACUGGUUAAGGUUAUCUCUCCAGAUUUUCUAUAGAAAUUAUUGCCAGCACUGAUUUUAUUAUGAAAAUCUGUAGACACAACUUUAAUAAGUGAAAUAAUAACACUGCUAACACAGUAGAGAACAGUAUUGACUUAUAAAAAGGUUUAAUAAACUUUGUAGUAUAUUAUAGUUGCAUAAUGAAAUACAAUAUUGCUACCAAUAAGCUGGGGAAACUAGUUCCCUUUUGUUUUCAUCAAUUUUGACUCCCAAAAUAAAUUGAAAGUCAGACGUGAAUAUUAGGUGACAUUUUCUAAUUUUUGUUGAAUGGGAUUUUGUCCAGAUAUAAAAAAAGAACAGCUUUAAAUUUCAUCAACUCUCAUUACUGAGUGACCAUAUGUCCAGUCUAACUCCAAAAAUUACUACAUCACAUGUUGACUGUUAUCAGAGAAAAUAUUACAAAUUAUCAGAUAUUGUUGUAGAAAUUUUUCCUAUAUUCACAGAUGUAUAUUCUUCAAUUUUUAUCCUUAGAUCCCUUACAUACAACAGAUAAUUUUUUUUUUAAAUUUUAUAACUUCUUCCAGUGACAUGGCUACAGUACUUGCAUAGUACUUUGAAUUUGUAAUCUAUUAACUUAAUGUGAUCUAUUUUGGUGAUCCCUAUGGGGGAAUGUUAUUUCUAGUGCCAACCAUUUGUAUGUAUACAUUUCACUGCACAUAUGAACAUGUGCAUACUUUUUUCAUAUACAAAUUUACAGACUUACAUAUUUAGUUAAAACGUGGAAACCUUUCAGCUGUGUUAUGUUAUAUGGCUCAACUGUGAUACCUAGUUUAACUUUGUUAUACAUCUCAGCUAUCAUAUUUAACUUAGAUAUCAUCUUUCAUAAUGUAUUGUUCAUUUGGGAUAAACUAUUUAGUCUUUAUGUAUCAUUUGUUUCAGAUAAAACUAAAAUUAUAAUAUAACCCAAAUUGAUAUCUUAAUAAUGAAGAAACCCACCAGAGAACAUGGUUUUAUCUACAAUUUGUUUAACUAAAAAUUAUUCUAAAUUCUUGUUUGGAAAUAUGGCUUUCAGAAUCUUUUAACUGCUAUAGGAAUUAAUUCACUUUAAAAUAUAUUGAUUCCAGUAGCAUGGAUUGAGUAUUGAAAUGGUGUGUUAAACAUUAUAAUGAGGUACAUGUAAAUCUGAUUUUAUAAAAUAACUGCUAUUUUCAAAUAACAGGGUAUUUGUAAGUAGUGCAGAAAAUGUGAAGUAUAUCCAGCAUUUCUUAUAUUAUAUUAUCGUACUUACCAGUAAUACAUAAUCUUAACUUGUGGAGAAAUAGCGCUGAACGAUAGCUCUUUAUAUCAUAAAGACACUACCUCUUUCAGUUACAUCUCAAGACAUUAUAAUACAUAGGGCACUGUAUGACAACACUAUUCAACAUUUCUUACUUCACAAUAAAACAUAUUUAAUAUUGUUUUUAUAUUGAAAUAUGUUGUGUUUCAUUUUCUUUAUCAAAAUAAUCAUAGUACUCUGAUCCUUAUAUCAAAAUGAUUCAUAGUACAUGAUACUAUAUUAGAAUACACUAUAGUACACAACCUUGUAUAUUUGUACCAACUAGGAAGCCUCCAUAUAGUCACUUAAAUAUCUAGAAAUAGCAGCCAAAUUGCUUUUAACCCUUUAGCAUUCAAAUUACUUAGUCAAAUGUAAAAUACGUAUUUAUUCACAUGGCUUUGAAUUAAUUACGUAUUAUCUUGUGUCUUUUAUAAUUCAAUGAUGUGAUUGUAUAUAUUUUUAGAAUGACAUUGUAAGGUAGGUGUGAGAAGCUAGAUCUGGCCAAUUCAAACAUAAAAUGGAUAGAAUAUCUGGGCCAGAUUUGGCCAGUUUAAAUGUUAAAGGGUUAAAACACAUCUUUCUGUCAUAACUAAGAAUAAGACUUACAAGAUAUUGUUGUUCCAGAUACCUCUAAAUAUAUGGAAAGAUAAUAACUUAAAUGUUUUUGAUCAUAAGUCUACUUGAUUAAUGCUAACCUUGGGCUAAACAACAACCUUACAUAUUUUAUUAGGAAGCUACUGCCAAAAUCUAUGAUACAACCUAUCUGUGAUACAGACUCCUACACUACAAGCUACUUUAUCAUGCUUUACUAUUAAGAUAUUGUAUUAUGAUAUACUACAAUGGUUUUGGUGGCCCCAGUAGAAGUUUAAUGUUGCAAUUUCUGUUGAAGUGGCAGAAUGGUCUCAACUCAAACUAAUUUGGGAUGUGAAAUUCAGGGGAGAACUCUACUGAUUUUGUCUCAGGAAAAUUUAGUAGAGUUCUCUCCAAUUACUGUAUGACAUUUUGAUGCUGUAUUACAUCAUGUUUCUGAUACAAGAUAUUCUAUCAUAAUGAUGAUGUAUUUCUUUCAUUACAAUAUUCUAUCAUAAGUAUUAUUCAUUAAAUUAAUUUGUUACUUUGUAUGAAAUUAUAUUUUAGUUUUUAGAGAAGAAAACUAUUUAAAACAAUGCCCUUUAUCAGAAAUCCUUAUACAGUUUGAAAUAUAAGCAUAUACAAUAUCAGAAUGCUUUAUCUUAAGAUAUACGGUAUGUUUGUUUGUAAUAUAUGUUAUAUAUGCAAUAAGCUUGAGCAGAAAACUGGAGGUAACAUUUGAGUGAACCAGAAAAGGCAUCUUCUAACCAUAAAAUGAAUUUUAGAAAUUGCUUUUGAAUAAUGCAUUAUCUAUGACCAUAUGAGAAUAAAAUGCAUUAUCAAUGACCAUAUGAGAAUAAAAUGCAUUAUCAAUGACCAUAUGAGAAUAAGAAACUCAGAAACACUAUCUGUGAUUCUUCUCUCACUACUUUGGCAAGAAAGGCAAAAUCUAUGCUUCACUGAUGAGGUCUUUGAAAACAAAACAUAUCUGGAGUUGCCUCCCAUAUUUUCCAAAUUAAUUAAAAUAUUAUUCAUUGACUAA